GUGGACCUCAAUGAUGAAAUGGUUAAGAUUGUUUGUGGUAUGAAUAAGAUCACAAACACUACUUUACAUAAGAUGGGCUUUGCCAAAGUUGAUGAUAGAUGGAUUUCAAAGCAUGAAGAACAUGAAGGUGUUGGUCUGGAGGAGGCUAAUGAAGUCGAUCCUAUCAAUGCCAACGAUGAUGUCCCAAUGAUCAUGGAUAUGGUUCUGUAUGUCCCACCUAUUGAUUAUGGCAUUUUUUUUGUCCCAGAUCAAACAAAUGAUGUUAUCGAGGUUGGACACCAAGCAAGUUGGAUAAAUGAUUUAUAA